CUGUGACCCAGCUCCGUAUAGUUACCAUCUGCCCCUGCCCCAGCUAUGUGAAACAAAGAUUUGAACCACCGUCUGUUGUUAUUUCCAACCACAGUCAUCCCAGUAUCAAAUAUCAUGAACGGAUUCAAGAACAGCCCCGUCAUCAAACGCGAAGCGCCUGAUGCCGUGGUCUUUGACCUCUCCGAACCUCACCAAGUCACCGUCACCUUACCUGCCGGUUCAACAUGGAGCAGUGGCCUGCACUGGCACGAGCACCAUGUUGAAUACCUGCGCGUUGUCAAGGGCAGGGUACAAGUCACACUGGAUAGUCAGGUCCGCACGAUAUCAGCAUCAGACGCCGAGACGGAAGUGAGGGUCGACCGGAACGUUUGGCACGAUUGGAGGCGGGCUGAUGUCGAAGAUGACGAAGAUGUGGUGGUUGUGGAGCGGACCGAGCCCGAGGAUGGCGAGAAGGCAAUUUUCUUUUGGAACCUGAACGGGGUCAUUCUCAAGGCACAGGACAUGAAGUGCCCGCCCUAUAUGCCGAAGCUGCUACAUCGUCUCUUACUGGAUGCAUGGGUCACUCUCAGCCUUUUCGCCAUCUUCCGCGUGCUUGACAACACCCCUGUGUUCGUCAACAUCCUCCAUGCCUUUUCGAAACGCGGGUUCGUCUUUGCGGAGAAAACGUUGGGACAUACUGCCUUACGCGCCGUCGACGUUGUCAUUUCUCGUGUUCUCCUGCUUCUCGCGUCUGCCAUCUCACUCAUAUUUGGUAUCAGAGCUGUGCGGGAUGAGUUCACUCCAAAUGAGGUGCGACAGAACUGGAUCGCUUCCAAGACUGACCGGACGAGAACCAAAGAGGCUUGAAUUUUCUUUUGCUUCAGGGCUCCGG